UCUCCCUCUGCUGGCAUGAAGAACGCACGGCGCCCCGCUGCCUUCUCCUCGCCCUACCAACGGCUGCCUGGUGGCCAGCGACGGCUCAGGAAGGAGGAGCCGGCGUCGGCGGAGGGAGGAGCACGCUCCGGUCUGGUCGGGUGGCCUUUCGCUUUGCGGAGGCUCGAAAAGCGGGCGGCUAGCCGAGGAGCACCAGGGAAGAUUUCUGGAGGAGCAGCCAUGCCGAAACACGAGUUUUUCGUGGAUAUGACCUGUGAAGGAUGCUCCAAUGCUGUUACCCGCGUUCUCAACAAACUGGGAGGUGUUCAGUUUGAAAUUGACCUACCCAACAAGAAAGUGAGCAUUGAUUCCACGCACAAUGUUGAUACCUUGUUGGACACCCUGAAAAAAACUGGGAAAAAUGCCUCUUACCUUGGAGAGAAGUAAACUUUUAGGAAAAUGUGACUGAUUGGACUCUUUUGCUUUUAUGAAAGCAAUGCUUUUAACAUGGCUUCAGUAGGGAGGUGAUUCCUUACACCUCUCUUGAUCCUCUUCCUUUGACUGCAGUUGCCCAGCCCGAUGUUGGAAAAGAAAGAAAGGUUUUUUCACUGGGGAAAAGGACUAAGAGAAAAUGUGACCCCAGAUGGCUCAAGUCUCCUACAAAUGUAACGCUUAUGCAUUCUUCUUUUAUGAUCUUGUAAUAAAGCAAGGAGCUGUUCCUAUUUUCAAGUAA